AUGUACUCUCCUGUGCAGUGGGGCUCUCUCAUCGGCGUGUUCUUGCCCCUUAUCUUCUGGGCAUUCAGCAAGCAAUUCCCCAAGAUCGCCUGGCUCAAGCUUGUUCACUGGCCCGUCUUGCUCACCGCCACAUCCUGCAUGCCUCCCGCACUGCCUUAUUUCUUCAGCAACGGCCUUUUUGUCGGCUUCAUCUUUGCGUAUCUGCUGAGACGCUACCGCUACCGCUGGUGGUCGCGGUACAUCUAUCUGACGAGCAGCGCACUUGACACCGGCGUCGCGCUUGCAGGCAUGGUGAUAUUUUUCGGGAUCCAGUCAUGGGGUGGCCGGAUGCCUCACUGGUGGGGAAAUCCUGACAUUGAGAACGGCGACGUAAACGCCCGGGCAUGGGAUCAUUGCGGACUCUCUGCAGCCAGCUUUUCUUAG